AAUUUUUGCUAUGUGAGUGGUAUGUGCGCUUUGAUGCAGAAAAGUUAAAUUUCCAUACAGUAAUAGUCUGAAAUUUAAAUGUCAAAUAUUAAAAAUCGAAUGUGCAAGUGUGCUGGUAAUAUUCAAGAAUAAAAUUGCAAUGUCGCAAGCAACAUCAGAAAAUCAAAGUCUGGCAACGCUGCCAUCAAAUGCUGCUGACAAUUGUCGUAAACGCGCCUUGUCCACAACAUCGCUAUCAUCACGCUCGGAGCCCAAAUCCAUAAUCGAGAUACAUAUAUCGAAUGAAACCAACACCAACAAUUGCAGCAGCAGCAAGCGAGCCAAUUUGGAAACAUGCACAGAUGAGGCAAGCCGCAUAUGCAAUAUGGAUUCCCAACAACAACAACCACAACAACAACAACAACAACAAGAACAACAGCAGCCGCAGCAGAUAAAUGAAAACAAUGCUAUCGAAUUGAGUAUUGAGGAGCAAGAACUCGAUAAGAACUAUCGAAGCAGUUGUGCCAUCUUUUUGCAGCACUUGCCGUGCUUUAAGCUGCAGAAAUCCACAACAGUGACGUCCAUACCCAAGUGCCGCGAGUGUCGUCGUCGUCAUGCCCCACUGUCCACACCAAGCAACAACAACAGCAACAGCAACAACAGCAGCAACAACAGCAGCAGCAACAACAACAACAAUGAUAUCUAUUGUCGCUUCUAUGAAUUUCGACGGUUGCAAUACAAUGCGGCUGGAGAAUUGAACGUUGCUGGGUUUCCCAAUCCUUAUCAGGAGCCGACAAGCGAUGAUUAUAUCAUUUGGCAGCCAGAUGGAAAGACAGCACCGACUGCUGGAUAUAUGGACAUACAAGUAUGCCGAUAUAUAUUGCUGCAUGCGGGCGAUCAAUUCUGCUAUUUGUGGCGUCAGGAGGCGGAAGCGCUGAAGCUGCACGAGAAUCCAGAUGGGACAAUUGCAUGGAAGAAGGCAGUACAGGGUAUACGGGAGAUAUGCGAUGUAUGCGAUACGACGCUCUUCAAUUACCAUUGGACAUGCAGCAAGUGUGGAUUUGGGGUGUGCAUCGAUUGCUUCAAGGAUCGCAAGGAGGGGCUGCAGGUGAAGCGACGCGUUGAGACGCAGCGUGGACACGAUGAAUACCAGUGGCUGCUCUGCACCGAUGAUAAGCAACAGCAACACUCGCUCUCCGAAUUAAUGUUGACUCAGAUUAUUGCAGGGGAUGCUUUAAAUGUGCUUGGGCGACUGCUGCACGAGGUGCGCAUGUUGUGGCAGGUGCCACAGGUUUGUGGAUGCUUGCUUAGCAAGCAGCAAGUCAAGGACGAGCAGCUGACACAGCUCAUACAGGAUAUGAUCAAGGAGUCGCAGUUGAUGCAACAAACCAGCGCCUCCUCAUUGGCAACGGCACAAACGCUGCAGCAGCAACAGCGUUUGGAGCAGUUGCAUGCCAAGAAAUUGGAAUUUGCGAGACAACAUGGCAUUGAUUAUGUGCCAGGACGUGUCUGGAAGAAGGAACGACUCGGCAAAGAUCCAAUUACGAGCGCCUUUGACAAUUUCAAGCAUAUUAACUUUCUACGCAAGGGACUCGCGGGUUUGCGACGUUUCCUGCCUCCACGCGCCAUGACACUGGCACAUUCAACCCAACUGGCGCCGGGAGUUCCCCAUGAAUGGCUCUGCGAUGGCAAAUUGUUGCGACUCACGGACCCAAUGCAUCCGGACAAUCGUGUGCUGUACCAGGAGGUAUGGAAAUGUGGACAACCUGUUAUGAUAUCGGAAGUGGCGCGUUCGCUUAAUUUGGAUCUAUGGCAUCCACAGGCCUUCUGUCAUGACUUUGGUGAUAAGCCAAAUGAUUUGAUCAACUGCCUCAACGGGAAUUUGGUGCCGAAUCAACCGAUGCGUCACUUCUGGGAGGGAUUUCAGUGCAUGCACAAGCGUCUGCUCGAUGCCAAUGGCAAGCCCAUGCUGCUCAAGCUCAAGGAUUGGCCGCCAGGCGAUGACUUUGCUGAGAUCUUGCCCACUCGCUUUGCGGAUCUAAUGCGUGGUCUGCCCAUGCCCGAGUAUACGCUGCGCACUGGGAAUCUCAAUAUUGCCAGUUGCUUGCCCAAAAUGUUUGUGCCACCCGAUUUGGGACCAAAGAUGUACAAUGCUUAUGGCUCGGCGCUCCAUCCGGAUAAGGGCACGACAAAUCUACAUCUGGACAUCUCCGAUGCCGUCAAUAUCAUGGUCUAUGUGGGCAUACCAACGGAUGAGGACAGCAAGCCACAACUGGCGGCCACACAGCGUGCCAUUGCCUUGGGCGGCUGUGAUUAUAUCACCCGUGCACGCUGCCAAUCGCCGGACGUGUUGCCGGGCGCAUUGUGGCACAUAUUCCCAGCCAGGGAUGCGGACAAAAUACGCGAUCUAUUGAAUCGUGUGACAUUGGAGAAAGGCUUUCGUCUUGAGCCGGAUCAUGAUCCCAUACACGAUCAGAAUUGGUAUCUCGAUGAUAAGUUGCGUGCACGUCUCUUCAAAGAAUAUGGCGUUGAGGGUUAUCCCAUUGUUCAGUGCCUGGGCGAUGCCGUAUUUAUACCAGCGGGGGCACCACAUCAGGUCCAGAACCUACACAACUGCAUCAAGGUAGCCGAGGACUUUGUUUCGCCGGAGAACAUCACACACUGCUAUCAUCUCACCCAUGAAUUCAGGCGUCUUUCGCAUUCGCAUACCAAUCACGAGGAUAAGCUGCAGAUCAAGAAUAUUAUAUAUCAUGCUAUCAAGGAUUGUUGCACCAUAUUAACACGUGCUCUGGACGAGCGAAUUGACCAGGAAAUGGCCAAGUUGCAAGCCGAACUAUAAGGAGAAUCAUCGUUUCAACAUCUACUCUUAUACUCUAGAUUUUAGAGAUUGUGAACAAUUCAAAUCAAUCAUGUAUUAAUAUUAAUAAAAUAUUCUAUUUGACGUGCAGAAA